GUGUAAUCUGUGUCCAUAGUAGCGGCUGAGCUGCUACCUGGAGACGGGGGCGCGCUCUUUUCCUCCUUUCCCUCAGCCGGAGGAGGCUCGCCUACCUUCCCUUCCCUCCCCUCCCUUAAAGCUAGAGACUGAAGGGGAGGGAAUAGGAGGGCUGUAAAUACGCUGAGGGGGGGCCCUCAGCCCUUGAAGGGGGCUUAGGGAGUAAUGUGAGGGGAAGGGGUCUGAACUUUCUAAAGCUGUAGGGUAGGGCACAGUUUUGAGGGAGGUGUAUUAUUAAAGGGGGGCUGUCUUGAGUUUUACUAGGAGCCCCCACUUCAGGAAUUAUUGGGAGGGGGUUCAGUUAAGGAGCUCUGAAUUGGUCUUUUUGUACAUCUUUGGUGGUUUUCAGUGGAGGGUGGAUGGAGCCUUGUUGAAUCUGCAGGUGGGCUAGCUUCAGGGUGUCUGGCUGGUGUGUUUUAUUUGGAAGGCUGUGCAAUCAGACUCUUCGGGGAGGGGGCUUUGAACCCCGGGUGCUGCGGGAAGUGUGACCCAGGCUGUUGAGGGUGCUGACUGGAAGCCCAUGUGGCUUGGCAAAGGUUAUUGGUGGCCUUCACCCUUGUGGCUUGUUGGGGGGAUGCUGAAGGGAGAGGGAAGUGCUCAGGGACUUCUGGCGUAAACCUCGGGUAGUGUGUCGUGUGUCAUCGUGUUUCCAAGGUAUGACUGAAGUGGGAAAGUCCUUGGCAAGAUAAAAGCAGAGUGGCAGUCGGAGGUGCUCCCACUGUAUGUGUCAGGAAGGCCUUUUCAGGCAAGGAGGAAGUUACAUCUCUGGGAGCGGCAGUCUCUCUAAAGCAGGGUCGUGAUCAGAUGUGAGUUAAAACUUCAGGACGGGGAGCUGCUUUUUAAGCUGUGUGAGGCAAGGAAGCCUGGGGAAGCCUACUUGGCAGAGCUGAGAAAGGAAAGGGUGUGCUUCCUCCCCCCCCCCUUAAUUUCGCACAUUCCUGUGGAGCCAUUCCUUAUCUGCAAUGACGGGCAAAUCGGUCCGAGAUGUGGACAGAUAUCAGGCGGUGCUUGCCAAUCUGCUGCUAGAAGAAGAGAACAAAUACUGUGCAGACUGCCAGGCCAAAGGGCCAAGAUGGGCAUCUUGGAACAUCGGCGUUUUCAUAUGCAUCCGCUGUGCUGGAAUCCACAGGAACCUGGGUGUCCACAUAUCUCGAGUAAAAUCAGUCAAUCUUGACCAGUGGACACAAGAGCAAAUACAGUGCAUGCAGGAGAUGGGGAACGGCAAAGCAAAUCGUCUCUACGAAGCUUAUCUCCCAGAAAACUUCAGGCGACCUCAGAUGGACCAAGCGGUUGAGGGCUUCAUCAGAGACAAGUAUGAAAAGAAGAAAUACAUGGACCGAAGUCUGGACAUCAACGUGCUACGGAAAGAAAAGGAUGACAAAUGGAAAAGGGAGCCAGCCUCGGAAAGAAAACUGGAGCCGAUCAUCUUUGAGAAGGUGAAAAUGCCUCAGAAGAAGGAUGACAAUCAGGCCAGGAAAAGUCCUUCCACAUCUUCCGAACCUGUCAUGGACUUGCUGGGACUUGACGUUCCUGUUUCAGCCGCCCUUCCCAAUGGCAGAUCCACGAGUUGUCUAGAGAAGGACUUAGACCUCUUUGGUUCCAUGGACUCAGAAAGGAAGGUUGUAGGCUCCAUGCCCACAGCUGGCUGUGCAGGAUCUGUUCCUGAAAACCUGAACCUUUUCCCUGAUCCUGGGAGCAAAGCAGAAGAAACGGGGAAGAAGCAGCUCUCAAAGGACUCCAUUCUCUCCUUGUAUAGCUCCCAGACCCCAGCGAUGCCUGCACAAGGAGCUGUGUUCAUUGCCCCCACCCAAAUGGGGUACCCUGCAGCAUAUCCCAGUUUCCCAGGCAUGGCAGCACCCAGCAACAUGAUGGGGGGCAUGAUGGCACCACCGGUUGGGAUGAUGUCACAGCCAGGAGCUGCUGGCAUGGUGACGCCCAUGGCAAUCCAUGCAGGCUAUGUUGGCGGCAUGCAGACGGCCGUCAUUGGAGUCCCCAAUGGAAUGAUGGCGACACAACAAGCUGGGUACGUUGCUGGCAUGGCGCCCGUCCCACCGCCAGUGUACGGUGUGCAACCAGCCCAGCAACUGCAGUGGAAUAUUGCUCAGGUGACUCAGCAGAUGGCGGGGAUGAACUUCUAUGGCACAAAUGGGAUGAUGGGAUAUGGACAGUCACUGGGCCGUGGUGGUGCCCAAGGAGCCAACCAAACCCUCAGCUCCCAAGUGUGGAAAUAAUGCACCAGGAUUUGAACCAUUCUCCCCCCCCCCUUUGCUUCUUUUGUGGGGGUGGGAUGUUGUUCCAUCAUUAAAAAUGCCCUCCUCCGGAUUGUUUUUAAAAGUUUUCCUUUCUGAUGGUCUCUGCCAGAGCUUUCUUCUGUGUUAAGAGACCCCACUUUGCCUCUCUCCUGCCCCACAUCAAAGAGGAUUGAAGCCCAUGUGUGUUUCUUGGAGGAAAGGGAUAUAAAGGGGGAAGGGUGACUUGCUUGGGGAUUUGACAAUACCCAGCAGACCAGGCCAGAAGUGCUGAGUGAGGGGACUCCAACCCUCAUAGUCACCCCUUUAAGAACUGAACAGCAAAUGUCUGUCUUCUGCAUUUUUUUUUCUUCCUCUCCAUCCAUAAAUCUUAUUUCUUCCACCUCACUCACCCCCAUCUCAGACAUUCCAUCCAUUUUUUUUUCUCCCUGUGGAAUUCUCCAAACUAAUUCUGCCUUCCAUGAGCCUGAAACGUCUUUCUUCCCUGGAGCUAGCAGGACUUCCAGAAGGCCCUUGAGCACAACAGAUCCUCUUCCAGACUUGUGCAAGCAGGCAAUAUUUGCACUCCUUCAAAAAGCACCGGCUGCUGCUUCUCUAAACUGUGGUAUUGAUAUAUUUAAACAACUCCUAGUAUCUUCUCUUGGCACCCCCUCUCCUACACACACACACACACAGAGCCCAUCACCCCAGUGGGUUUCUCUUCAAAAUUUAAUGACCUAAUUAAUUAAGGGACAAGAUCCCACAACAAGUGUUGUCUUAUGCUUCCUGUUUGCACUUUUUUGUCCUGUUAACCCCCCCCCCCAAAAAAAAAAAAUCUCACAUAGACCUGCAGAUAACUUGCCAGCUUUCCAUGGCUGAUCAAGGGCUUUGGGGUGAGGGGUGUCUAACUUUCUUCCCUUGUUGUCAGCUCCAAGGUCACUUAGGGGAGGGGAAGAAUCCAGCCUGCAUCUUUGAAAGACUGUCUGCAUAAACAAACAAAAAACCACAGGCAUCUUCUGUCUACCUUGUGUAUAUAAAAAUUCCUUAAUAAAACUAUUGCGGUGGAACAUUAA